AAAGGGGAGUACAAAAUGGGUUUUAUUUUGCUAUUUUUUCAUAAAAUUCAUUCUUUUUUUCAUCUGGCAGCCCUCAAACGACGUUUUCCGACCGGACAUUUUCCGUCGGCUGGCGUAUUUUAUCCGAAAAAGCCUUAAAAAAGGACGUCAAAAUGUUGGGUCGUUUUGCCCCGGGUGUCUGCACCCAGGUUGCUGCUGUGUCCCAGCAGCAGCAGACCAGAAAUAUGGCUACUCUGAAGCAGAUUUCCAUGCGUUUGAAGUCAGUCAAGAACAUCCAGAAGAUCACCCAAUCCAUGAAGAUGGUGUCAGCUGCCAAGUAUGCCCGUGCCGAGCGUGACCUGAAAGCCGCUCGCCCGUAUGGCGAGGGAGCCGUGCAGUUCUACGAACAGGCUGAGGUGACAGCCACGGAAGACGACCCGAAGCAGCUCUACAUCGCCAUGUCGUCGGACCGUGGCCUGUGCGGCGCGUGCCACACCGGAGUGAGCAAGGUCAUCCGUCUGAGGCUGGCCGAGCCCGGCGCGGAGAACAUUAAGGUGAUCUGUGUGGGCGACAAGUCGCGCGCCAUCCUGCAGCGUCUCUACAGCAAGCACAUCGUGGCCGUCGCCAACGAGAUCGGCCGCCUGCCGCCCACCUUCACCGACGCGUCCAAGCUGGCCACCGCCAUCUUGACCUGCGGCUACGACUUCGGCUCGGGCAAGAUUAUCUACAACAAGUUCCGCUCCGUCGUGUCCUACCAGCAGAGCGACAUGCCGCUGUUCAGUCAGAAGGCUGUUGAGAACGCCCCCAAGCUGACCGUCUACGACUCUCUAGACUCCGACGUCAUCCAGUCUUACAUGGAGUUCUCUUUAGCCUCUAUGCUGUUCUACGCUUUGAAAGAGGGCGCAUGCUCAGAACAAUCAUCCCGAAUGACGGCCAUGGAUAACGCCUCUAAGAAUGCUGGAGAGAUGAUUGAGAAGCUCACUCUGACCUUCAACAGAACUCGCCAAGCCGUGAUUACUCGCGAGCUGAUUGAGAUCAUCUCUGGAGCUGCCGCUUUGGAGUAAAAGGCAGCCAUUUUGUUUUCUGUCCGCCAUUUUGGGUUAAUGUCACUGUUUGGUUGGAAUUUAAUUUUAAAACUGCCAAUGUAUUCAAAUCAUGUAUGUAUCGGUUAUUAAAUGUAUCUUUUGAAAUAGCGAAUGUAUGUAACAAGAUGUCGAUAAUAUGGAAAUAGUAUGAGUAUGCGAGGGAAUUUGUAAAAAAUACACGCAAGAAAUGACGUCACUGGCUUUUAACACCUUUUUAGAGGUUUUUUCGGAUACUCGUUCUGUCGGUUCGGGAUUUUGUAUGUAUGUAUAUUGUCAACUUAUUAUUUAAGGAUACAGUGGUGAUUAGUAAUAAAGUUCUGUUUAGAUCAA